CAGCAAGCAGCAGCAAGCAGCAGCAAGCAGCAGCAAGCAGCAGCAAGCAGCUCAAGCAGUGGGGCCAGCAGCAAGCAGCAGCAAGAGCAGCAAGCAGCAGCAAGCAGCAGCAGCAGCAGCAAGCAGCAGCAAGCAGCAGCAAGCAGCAGCAAGCAGCAGCAAGAGCAGCAAGCAGCAGCAAGCCGCAGCAAGCAGACAGCAAAGCAGCAGCAAGCAGCGCAAGCAGCAGCAAGCAGCCAGCAAGCGCGAAAUCAGAAGCAAGCAGCAGCAAGCAGCAGCAGCAGCAGCAAGCAGCAGCAAGCAGCAGCAAGCAGCAGCAAGCAGCAGCAAGCAGCAGCAAGCAGCAGCAAGCAGCAGAGCAAGCAGCAGCAGCAGCAGCAAGCAGCAGCAGCAAGCAGCAGCAGCAGCAGCAGCAGCAGCAGCAGCAGCAGCAGCAGCAGC